UGCCUGGGUCUAGCCACAUAUCCACUCGCAAAGUUGGAGAGCUCACGGAGGAUUACGUACGCCUCAGGAAACUGUGAGGAGUUGGCCCAAUGGCAAGCCUAGAGGCCAGCAGAUAUUCGCAGCCGCUGCCCUCCCCUCCCCCCGUCUAUCUCCGUUCAUCCCCGCCCCUUCCCUCGCGUCACGAAACUUCCCGGCGACCCAGCUCGCAUCAUCAACUGAAGAUGGUCUCAGCCCGCGAACAACCCCCGUCGCAACCGCUGGCGACCGGGGAAGACACACAUCAGCCCGUCUCCGUUCCACGGGUGCGGAUUCAUGGCGAGGGAGACCAGCCCGUCCAGCAUUUCCACCACGACGAAUAUGCUCUGUCACUUACGGGUGCUGCCUUUUCCGACUUGUCACUUGCGGAAAAUUCCCCGACGCAUGGGAAAGAUAUCCACGGUGCAUCUCCACGUGAGGGAGAAUUGUAUCGAGCUCCGCGGCCGUCAGUCUACGGGCACACGCCCACGAGUAGUGGCUCGUGGUCUGUGGUUGACCCCAGCGCCAGAGAACAGCCCAACAGCAAUGCAGGGACCAGCACAUCCUCCUUGGACCAAGCCGCCAAGGAGGGCGGACCUGUCUCGCCGCGGGAAAGUAUAGAUAGCAGCACAGAGACACCAGAGGUCUAUGAACCCUUACACUACCACCAUCGUCCUUACGAGGUCCCUACGCCAUCUCCGGCACCCGGGUCCGGAGAAAAUGUCGGCACGAACGGUUAUUUGAGCGCCAGACCUCGCCCGCGAUCGACGUACUCAUUCACAUCCAGUGUCGGCGAGGGACGCCACCGGUCUCCUCAUCUAUCCCCAUAUCUUCAUGGCCGGUCAUCGUCGAGAGAGUCUGUGGCAUCACCCGACAUUCGGCCGCUAACCUUUGUGGAUCAACUGAACAGCCACUAUCCUCAGCCGGGUCCGGCCCCGGUGCAGCUCGGAAACUCCCAACUGCAGUCCGUCAUCGGCAACAACGCCUCUUUGCUGAGCCACAAGCAGACCUUCGACAUGUAUCUGGCCAAUGUCAAGAAGACAGGUGACCCGGCAGUGCAGUAUGAGUUUGCCUUGUUUAUGGUCAACGCAGCGCUGGACAUGCCAGCGGACGGGUCCGGCGGAGAUGCAUCUGCCGUGUACGGGCGAAAGGCGUCGGAAAUCUCUCGGAGCGGCAUGCUGAAAGAAGCCAAGUCGAUCCUCCAGCGGCUGUCGGAUCGGAGCUACCCGUUUGCGCAAUACUACAUUGCGGACGGGUACGCAUCUGGUUUAUUCAGCAAGGGCAAGGAAGACUACGAUCGGGCGUUUCCGCUGUUUGUGGCGGCCAGCAAACAUGGUCACGUCGAGGCCUGCUAUCGGGCGGCUCUGUGUUUUGAGUUUGGCUGGGGGACUCGGGUGGACGCUGCGCGUGCCCAGCAGUUCUACCGGCAAGCGGCAUCCAAGAAUCAUCCGGGCGCGAUGCUUCGGAUGUCAAAGGCCUGUCUCGCGGGCGAUAUGGGCCUCGGGAAGCGGUAUCGCGAGGGCAUCAAAUGGCUCAAGCGUGCGGCCGAGUCGGCGGACGAGCAGUACAACUCGGGGCCGUAUGAGCUUGGAUUGCUGCAUGAAACCGGAUAUGGCGAUGACGUGUUCCCGGAUCCCUCGUACGCGGCUCAGCUCUUCACCAAGUCGGCCGACCUGGGACAUGUGGAGGCCAGCUACCGGCUGGGAGACGCAUACGAACACGGCAAGCUGGAUUGCCCGCGGGACCCGGCUUUGUCGAUCCACUUUUACACGGGGGCGGCCCAGGGCGGCCACCCUUUGGCGAUGAUGGCUCUGUGCGCGUGGUAUCUCAUCGGGGCGGAGCCGGUGCUCGAGAAGGACGAGGAGGAGGCGUAUGAAUGGGCCAAGCGUGCUGCUGAAGCUGGGUUGGUGAAAGCGCAAUAUGCCAUUGGGUACUUCACGGAGACGGGGAUUGGAUGUCGGCGGGACCCGCUGCAAGCCAAUGUGUGGUAUGUCAAGGCGGCGGAGCAAGGCGAUGCGCGGGCGACGAACCGGCUGGCGACGAUUCGAGCGGCGGCCGAUGGGGUUGCGCCGAGUGCCGAAGAACCGGGCAAGAAGAAGGGGAAGCCGGGGUAAAGCCAAACGCUUCAGCAUUUUCUAAGGACACGCGCGACGGAUGCACAUUAUGCAUGAUCAUUGAGCCUUUAUCUUGGAGACAUUCUUUAUACCAGCGGGAAUGGCAUUUCAACAUAGCACUGCAAUGCUUGGAU